CUGUGAAAUAUUAAACCAUGUCCGUCUUAUACGCUCUGCUGGUCUGCCUGCCGGCCUUGACAUUCGCACAGUCUUUUGACCUCCGACCUUACAACGAAUCAGCGGCCACGGCAUUUAGUCAUGUUGAUUUGAACCAUGAUGGCGUCUUCGACAGAAACGAAUUAGACGCAACUUUUAAGGCUGCUGACAUCAACCAUGACGGCACCAUCACCUUCCACGAGUACAGCAGCCAAAUCCAAGGCCUUAACCAUGACCCUCACACCAACCACCUCAUCCACGCCCUCUUCGAAGUGUACGACGCCGACAACAACCACCAACUCGACCACCAUGACUACGACUUGCUCUUCUCAUUAGCUGAUUCCAAUAACGACAACGUCUUGCAAAAAACAGAGUUUGUCCACUAUGUGGCUAUUAUAUUCGAGACUGCGGAGAGCGUAUAAAAAGGUUCUUCAAACAAGUUUAGUUGGAUCAGUGCGGCACUAGUG